GUCGACUGGUGUUUCACCAAUUGAGCGCACCUCGCUUCGCCGAGAUCUGGAUCCCUGCUGCACGUUGCCAAGAUGAUGUACACAGGGACGACUGCUUCGCAGGACACCAGGUUCAGCGACAAGGAGAAGAAGCUUCUAAAGCAGAUGAAAUUUGGAGAUUCAUUGACACAAAAAGUGGAUAUGAGCAAAGUGAAACUUGAUGUGAUUAAGCCAUGGAUUACAACAAAGAUCACCCAGAUUCUGGGAAUGGAAGACGAUGUAGUGGUAGAGUUUGUGUAUAAUCAGCUUGAGGAGAAGUUUCCUGACCCCCGAAAAAUGCAGAUCAACCUAACAGGCUUCUUGAAUGGUAGGAAUGCCCGUUCUUUCAUGGGUGAAUUAUGGGACCUCCUGGUCUCAGCUCAAGAAAGUGUUACGGGCAUUCCCGAGGCUUUCUUACAGCAAAAAAAAGAUCAAAUUAAAAAGCGUUUGGAAGAACAAGAGAAGCUUCAAGCAUCGUUGGCAGAGAAAGAGAAAGAAAAGGAGCGUGAAAAAGAAAAGGAUGAUGCUGAUAGUAAAGUGAAGAAGGAGGAGAAAGAUAGAGGCUCAUCGAAGGAGCGUAGAAGAGAUCGAAGUAGGGAUCGCGAUAGAGACAGAAGUAAAAGGAGCAGAUCACGUGAUCGACAUAGGGAUCGUGAUCGAUCGAGUCGUAAGAGAAGAUCCGUUUCAAGAUCACCGAAUAAAAAUUCGAAGGAUAACGGGAAAGAUAUGCCUGACGUUAAGAUCGAACGAGAAGAUUCGCCGCAACCAGAAAAUGCUAUACCUUUGAUGCCAGUUAAAACUAAACCGGAAGCCGCAGUAGCAAUAUCAAGAUUGCAAGCCAAGUUGAUGAGCAUUGCUGAUGGAAAGAAGAAAAAUAAUCGCACACCAUCGCCGGAAUCAGUGGACAAGUCAGCAAGGAAAUCGCGAUCUGCAUCUAAGUCGCCAACGAAUCGUUCAAAGAAAUCUAGAAGUAAGUCACCUAGCCGAGAUUCAAAGACACGUCGAUCACGAUCACCCGCUUCGAAGUCGAGACGAUCUCGUUCAAAAUCAAGAUCUAGAAGAUCUCGAUCUAAAUCUAGGAGAUCAAAAUCGCGCUCGCAGGACCGUACAAAGUCCAAGCGAAGCAAAUCCAAAUCGCCAAGAUCACGAUCACGAUCGCGAUCGCGAUCCAAGAAAUCCCGAUCCAAGAGUGAGGACAGAAGCAAGUCGAGAAAAUCGAGAUCUGUCUCGAGUGAUUCGAGAUCAUCCAAGUCCCGCUCGAAAUCUACGGAGAAGCAGAAGACCAAUGCAGAUUCCAAUAGAAAACGCAACGGUAGUACGAGCAGCAGCUCUGAAUCAGAAGUGGACAAAGAUGGAAAGGAUAAGAGCGACUUUGAGAUACGAAAGAAGAAGGAUGGCGUGCAAGCUAAGAGAUCCUACAGGAAAACCAACAAAGAUGAUAGUGGUAGUGAUAGCGACUCUAGUCGGGAAAGAAAAUCAGCUCCUAAGCGAAGAAGUCCUUCACCACGUAAAGAUAGAGGACGAUCUAAGGAUAGAGACAGAAAUAGAUCACGAGAUAGAUCACGAGAUAGAUCGCGAGAUAGAUCGCGAGAUAGAUCACGCGAUAGAUCACGAGAUAGGAAUCGAAGAAGAUCAUUGGACCGGGAUCGCGACAGGAGGCGGGAUCGAGAUCGCGAAAGGGAGAGGGAACGAGAGAGAUUGGACCGAUACAGCGGCAGCCGCAGCAUGCGACCACCUUCGGUGCGCAGACCGCUUAAUAGGCGCAGCAGUCCCCCACGCAGAAGUCCGGCGAGAUAUCGUCGUAGGUCACCGAGUCCUGAAGACAGGCGUCGCAGGAGAUCACUAGAUCGUCGAAGACGGUCAUCGGAGAGACGCGAUAGGCGCCGUUCACCUGAUCGACGUGGAAGCCGACGUUCGCCGGAUGGACGGGAUCGAUCGAGCAGGUAUGAUAGAUCUUCCUCACGCGACAGAUCAAGUAGACGGGAUCGCUCCAGAGAACGACGGGAUAAGGAUCGUCGAUCUAGAUCUAAGGAUCGUAGAUCGAGAUCCAAGGACCAAAGAUCAUCGGUGGAUCGUUCGAGAGACGAGAAGCGGUCUCCUGAUCGUUCGAAGGGUACCAAGGAUAAGGCAAAGGACAGGAAAGUGGAUGAGAAAACUAAAAGACCGCCUGAUACAGGAUCGCGAAAAGAAUUGCGAAAUGGCCGGUCUAAAUCAAGUAGCUCGGAAAGUAGCGAGAGUAGUUCCUCUAGCAAUGAGGACGAGUCACUUAGGAAAUCGAUCGAACGCAAACCGCCACAAGAGAAGCGAGAAAAAGAACGUGAACACGCGGACGAUGCCAAGAAGAAGGAGAAAGAGAAAACGGUGAAAGAAGAACCUACUAAGCGUCCAGAAAAGGAAAUUAAGAAGAUAGAACUUGUCGCUGUGAAAAAGCCCGAGCCUAGUGUUUCUCCCAAAAAAAUUCAAGUUACUUCACUUCCUGUUACCAGACACAGAUUCUCGAAGAGUUUGUCGCGUACACCUUCGCCAUUUAAGAAGACCGAAGACAUCGUGGCAGUAGCUAAAAUUAAACAGACGAUUAAAGAGGACACUAAGGACGAAUCACCAACAACGAAGACUGGAGAAAUGAAUUUUACCACUGGAGAUGCUUUCCCUCUAAAGAAGGAUGAAAAGUCUUUAAAAUCGACAAAAUUAGUAACAGAAGAUAAAAAAUCUACUCAAAAGCAAUUGGAACUUCCAUCCAAGAAACCUGUAGAAAUGGCUAAAAAAACAAAAAGAGAAAAGCACGAUGGCUCUACAGAUAGUGAGGAUAGUGAUGGUGAAGGUAAGAGAAAAGUGAAAAAGACAGAAAAAUCGAAGAAAUCUAAGAAAACUUCGACGGAUGAAGAUAAAUCUGAUAAGAGCAAAGCUGGAUCCAGUUCGGACUCUGAGGAUGACAGAAAGCAUUCAGAUAAAAAUAAGAAAGUUAGAGAUACUAGCCGAACCGAUUCAAUGGAUGAUCGUAAUAAGGAUAGAAAGGAUACUAGAAAACGUGAAAUUGCCGAAAAUGACUCGCGAAAGCGUUCAAGAAAGGAAACGGAAGAAGAAUUAAAAAAAUCAAAAAGAUCACGAAAAGAUUCUUCUUCGGGUGAAGAAGAACAAAAAUCUAAAAGAGGUAGAAACGAAGAUGACAGAUCGAGAUCUCGAAAAUCGAAGAAAGACUCUAGUUCCGAUGAAGAACCUAAAAAAAUGAAAAAGAGAAGAGAUACCUCAUCCGAUGAUGAAAAAUCUAGAUCACGAAAGUCCAGAAAAGAUUCGACAAGUGAAGAGGAUUCUAAAUCAAAAUCAAAGAAAUCGAAACGAGAUUCCAGCUCAGAAGAUGACGAUCCUGGAGAUAAAGAUUUGAAGAAGAAAAGAAAAGUUGACGAUAGUUCGGACGAUGAAAAGGUGAAGAAGAAGCGUAAGAAAAAGACAAAAACCAGCACUAGUGAAUCGGAGGAAAGUGAAGUCGAAGAGAAGAAAAAAAAGAAAGAGAAGAAGCACAAGAAACACAAGAAACAUAAGAAGCACAGAAAACACAAAAAGAAGAAAGUCGCGGAUUCAGAUGAAUCUGAUGUAAGUGAAGGUAAUACUGAAGAACUGGAAAAGAAACUUCGGGAGAAGGCAUUAAAAUCAAUGAAAAAGGGACAUAGCAUUGAACGAAGUGAUUGAGGUUAAUAUACGAUCUUCGAAAAUGUGUCAUGCAUGUAUCUCUUUAUCGCAAAGCAUUUUAAUUGUAUUAUGAAUAUGAAUAUCUUUCGUUUCUUAUCAAUAAUUGGAUUCUUAUCACUCAAUCCCUUCGGAACAAGAUCAAAUGGC